AUGGAGGAACGGAAAAGCUUCGAUCUCAGCUCGAAGACGGCGUCCUGUUUCUCCAAGCUUCGACGAGGCGCGGAUUUGGCACCCGCAACUCUUGAGCUCAAGCAGACCUUCGCGCUACGAAGAAUCCUACUGAAGCACGGCGAGAGGACAGAGGAAGAAUGCUCAGCCGUACGCAAAUUCCUCGCGGAACGCACAACGAUAUGGCGAGAACCGUUCUGGGCCCUCGUCUCCAAGAGGGAACAGCUCAAGAUCGCCAGUUGUGUCAAGCUGAGGAUGGUCCCGAGCGACGGGGAGCCACACGACUUCGUGGCGGCGGACUCGACCUCCGGAUGCAUGAUAUUCUCGGCUCUCAAGGGCCUCGCUCAGGUGCAAUGUUUCGAUAGCUCCGGCACGCGCCUAGAGUUCCAGGAGCUGGAAACAUUUGGGUUUCUUCCGGUGCCGGAGGUGCUCUUGGAGGAGGCCAUUCGCGGCGUAGAGAGGGUGAAAUCGAACCCGAGAAGCAAAGUCUAUCGUGGGGAGCGGGAGUACGGAGAGAGGCACCAAGCGACAACGGAGGCCGGCAAGAUCAGGGUCAAGAUUGCCCCGGACGGGCAGUACUUGUCCAUAAACGGGGCAGAAGUGGUACCGAUGCUCAAGAAGCUCGCUGAAAACCGGGGGAGGAGCCGCCUGAUGAAGAGCAUGGGUCUCGAGCUCCCCGGGAUGGGGGGCGAGGGUGGGUUUGGAGGGGAAGUAGGCGGUGGCGGUGGUGGUGGUGGCGGCGGCGGCGGCAGGAAGCGGGAAGCGCUUAUGCGAGAAGCUCGGUACGGGGUUGGUUCGAUCCUGGUACACGAAGGAGCUUCUCCCACGAUGGUGUUCGUAAUCGUGGAGGGAGAGUGCAGGAUCGUCAAGUCUGGGAAGCCGUGUCCCCAGUCUCAGUCGUCCGGCGCGAAGGUGUCUGGUGGUAGGAGCGCGAGGUACAACCUAGGCAGUGCCCAAGGCAGCAAGGUCGAUGUGGUGCUCACCAGCGGCUUUCACACGCAGGUCGACGUGUGCCAGCUCGGAUCUCUAGGACCAAAGGCCCUCAUCGGAGACAUCCCCGCCUUGCUCGGAGGCGUGCAGCCAGCGUCGGUCGUGGCGAAGACGCCCCUGAGAGUCCUUCAGUGCAGAGCCGACAGGUUCGCUGCACAUUUGGAGCACAACGCCCGAGCUAGAAAGGUGUACGUGGAGGCCGCCAAGGCAAGGAGGUCUAGGAUGACGGAGCGAGGAGGGGAGGUGGAGCAGCUCGUUUCGCUCGCCGGGACCCCGCUGCUCGUUGACAUGAGCGCCGGCAGCGCUAGCACCUCCAGCGGCCCCGCCAAACACCCAGCAGGAAACUCCGCCCAAACCGGCGACGAAGCUGCCCACGGCAGCAGCAAUACUAGUGAUCGGACGGGAAGGGGUGGGGAGACAGAAAGAUCGACCGCCGGCGGAAAAGCUGCAGCGGCCACGGCGGCCAAUCCUACGUCUACUGACAGAGGCCGAGGACGCGUUAGCAGUCGGACCGAUCCAUCAGGAACCGCCAAGGCUAGCAGCGGCAAGGGCAUCGGACCGGCGGUUGAACCGGUACCAACGCACAGCGGUGGUAGCGGCCACAAAGAAUCGAUGCGGAGGUCGCAGUCGACCCCCGCCGCCACACCCGUGGAAGAAGAGACCCGCAACACCGGAACCCCCGCGGAUACAACCGCGACCGCGAGGUCAGCGACGAGGCGCACUUCAUCGUCGGAGUCGUCACCUCCGACGCGGGGAUUGAACGCCGAGCGGAUAGUCGCCACGGCGAGCACCCCGCAGCUGCCUUGUUUCUCCCUGGGGACAUCGCCACAGCUUGCGUUCCGCGGGGCGCGACCAAGCCCAACAGUUGGGCCGCUGCACACGCCUGCUCGUAAGGCUGUCGCUUCCUCCGAACGCAAAGUGGCGUCGCCGAUGACCGAUGCUAUCGGUGCGUCGGCAAGUGCAUCGGGUUACCGAUGGCGCCGUUUGGGAGUGGGAGUGGAGGCGGGGCUUGCGGGGACAGCGGCGAUGGCAACUCCAGCCCUGGUGACAGCCAGAGAUCAAGCGUCGACACUCCUAGCCUCCCACCUGACGCCAUUCCCGACCAUCACGAAGAAUCGCAGCUUGCACGCCGUGGCGCAGCCCAUCGUGAAGCACAGCGAGGGCUUCGCCGACGCCUGUCGGGGAGAGAGGAGUAGAUCGGGGACCGAGGCAUGGAGGGUGGCGAGAGAGGCGAGGUACGAGGGCCUGGUCGCCCCAGCGGACCGUUUGUCGAUCAUGCAGCAAAUCGACGCCGGCUUUGACGCGUUACAACAAGGUGGCAGGAGUAGGAGGGUUCCUCCAGUGGCAUAG